AUGGCGAACGUGCGGGAUAGCGACAUUUCUCUGUGGCUCCACAAUAAGCUUGGUACAUCAAACGAUUCAUGGAUAAGUGGUUCCAUUACGUCUCAAUUGAAUAAAGAAGUGCUUCGGAACAUCAAGGAGUGUUUUCCAGACUUACAGACCCAGGUUAAGCUGAAACUGCUGUUGAGUUUUUUCCAAAUUCCGCGACGGAUCGUCGAAGAGUGGAAAACGGAACUAGAGGAAGUAAUUGAAGUUGCUGGACUCGAUUCAGAGCUAUGGGUGUCAAUGAUAGCGGAAACGAUAAAAACCUUCCCGACCACAGGGUCUUUGAACACGGAAAUCUCAGACUACGAAGAGACGCGCCCAAUUUUCACAGACAUGGUCAACGAAUUGCGACGGUUGGUAGUGAAAAAUGCCGAUCUCGGUAUGCUCCCCCUGGAAUGUCAGUAUCUCAACAAAUCGACGCUUGUUUCUGUGGUCGGGCAGCAGUCAACGCCUGUGAAACAUUUUACGUUAAAACGUAAACCGAAAAGUGCAGCCUUACGUGCGGAGCUGCUGCAAAAGUCUUCCGAUGCACAGAGUUGCCUCAAGAAGAUAUCUGCACCAACAGUGCCUUUACGGUCGCGUGGCAUUCCACGUAAAAUGACCGACACAACACCGCUUAAAGGUAUCCCGUCACGCGUACCUACCGGUGGCUUUCGUUCACCUCCGACUACCCCAGGUCAAACCCGGCCGGCAAUGAGCCGAACGCCAGCCGGUAGAAAGGAUGGAGGUAUAAAGCUACUCGAGAUCGGAGAGCAACCGCUAGGCUAUGCGGCAGCGAAAAAACGUAAGCGAGAACAAGAGAAGGAAGAACAGGCAAAGAAGGUGGCGGAACAACAGAGUCAAAGUGCAAAUGAUACGAAGUCGACCACAACCACGCCGUCUACAUCAAGUCCAACUGUUACGACAACGCCCGAUUAUGCGGCAGGUUUGUCAGCACCCUCGACAGUGUACAGUCAGCCUGCAACACCAAUGCCGGCCACAUCUGGCAGCAAGGAUGUAUCCUCUAGCGUGAUGUCAACGUCUGUUGCCUCUAGUACAUCGCAAGCUCAAGUACAACAACCACAAGCGCAACAACAGCAACCAACACCAUCCCCCCAGACGCAGCUUCAGCCAGCACAGCGGCAGCCGCAACAAACGCAACCGACAAUAACAACUUCUCAGCAAUCUCAACAGCAACAAACGCCCUCUCAGGCAACAUCUGCUGUGGUCGAUGAGGAGGAAGAGGUUGAGAUGAAAGACACAAAACCGGAAUCCAUUAGCUUAACCACGCCCGUUGCUAUACCGGUUAGUGCUGUGCCAAGUGUAAGUUCGGCACCACCUCCAUUGGCAUAUCCUGCAACGAAAACAAUAUCAGCAACGGUCAUCAAAACGGAACCCAGCGGUGUUGGGGCAGGUACGGUUGGAAGUUCUAUGGUUACGUUGUCAUCACAACCCCCAUCGUUGGUACGAACUGUUCCGUUAACACCUAAACAAGCCAAAUCGGUACUGCAGUCGCAAUCGGGAGCGACGGGAGGAGUUCAGAUAAUUCAAAAAUCCACAGGCAAAACGAUCAGUGCGGCUGCAGCAGCUGCUGCAGCAGUAACGAGCACCAGCAACACCAACGCGCAGCAGAAAAUAGAAAUCCUAUCGUCUGAGUCGAUCGUACCCGGAACGUUACAUGCCUCCAUUCCAAAAUCUACGACCAUCAUCAAUCGUGGUGGAAAUAUAUUGUUCACUACGAAGCAGGUGCAGCCUGGCACGACAACAGCUGCCGGAGGAGCAACAAUAAUACAGCAAAAAACGCCACUUACUUCGUACGUGCUUAACACGACAUCGCCCGGCAAACAGCUCAACAUUCAGCGAAUAGUUUCGAACGCGAGUUCCACAGGCACGCCUAGUUUGACGACAACCAUUUCACGGGCUCCGCAUCAGCAGCAACUGCUGCAGCAGCAAUCGCAACAAAUUCAAGUCCAGGGACAACAGUCAGCUACGCAGCAGACUAGGAUUGUGCAAAUUAAAACAGCUCCAACUGUGUCGCUUAACAAUAAUCAGUUGAUGCAAAAUAUUCCACCCCUUAUAUCUACCCAGAUUCCGGCCGGGGCGACUCAGCCAACGAUACUAAACAUUCAAUCCAUGCAACAACAGCAGGGUCAGCAGAAUCAGUUACAAAUUACCCCGACAGCAGUGCCCCAGAAGCGCACGAUCACGAUAACAGCACAAAACCCGCCGACGGCUGGUAUGACUACCUCCGUCGCACAAAUUCUUCAACAUCAGCAACAGCUGCAGCAGCAACAACAGCAGCAACAGCAACAACAAGCGCUGCAAGCUACUGCUGCAGCUGCGGUCGGCCAACAGCCAAAGUACACACAAGUGGUUAUGCCGCCGAAUGUUAAGGGAAACACCUACUACGUAACGAAUGCCGCAAAUGUUUCGAAUGUGCUGAAUCAGAAAGGAGUCAUCAUACAAACGGUCGACGCAUCGGGCAACACUGUAUAUCAGCAGAUUCCGCUACAAAACGUUUCCGGAUUGAGCGGAGCCACAAUACUGACGGGACCGCCAGGACUGAUCAAAACGGAAUCGGAAACAAAGCUGAGUCAAAUUCCCGCACUGGUACCAACUAGCUCGUUGCAUCAAAAUAUUCCCGCCCUAACACCCGUCGUGAUUCAACCCAGUGGAGGACAGCAGCAAGGCACUACCGUGGUACAGCAGCAACAGCAGCAAGGUGCAACCAUACCGGCAUUGAUUACGAACAUUUCACAGCAGCAGGUCCAGCAGCAGCAACAGCCGCAGGUAAAGCAGCAGGUGAUUUUCCGACCUGUCGGUGGAACAAACAAUGUGCAAACAAUUUUGCCACAAGGAAUCACGCUUAUUCAGCGGCCAGGCGGCCAACCAAAGCUAGUGCAAACGAUCCAACAAUCGGCCGGUGCUGGUCAACAGCAGCAACAGUUGCUAAAAGCGGCCACCGCAGCAGGGCAGGCAGGACAACGUACAAUCAUUACGCAAAUACCCCAACAGCAGCAACAGCAGGGUCAGCAACAGCACACGAUUCAGUUCCAGGCCCCGGGAUCACAGCGUACUGGCGGCACUACCAUUCAGCUAGUCCAGCAACCGCAACAGCAAGGUCAAACCCAACAGAUACAGGUGCAGCGUGCCCAAUUUAAGCAAGUGCAGCAGCAACAACAGGGAACUACGGUAACGAUACAGUCUCAAGGCAGUGGUCAGCAGCAGCAGCAGCCACAACAAGCGCAACAGCAACAAGCGGGUGGAAGAAAAGGGCUUUCAAUAUCCAGCAAGUAUUACAUGGAAGCACAUGACAUGUUUAAACGGGCUAACUGCGUGUCCCGAUUAGAGAAGGCUAUAAUCAUCGGUUUCAUGGCUGGCUAUCGAAACAAUCCUAGGCCUUCACCGGAAAACAUCGUGACCAUAAAAUUAAAUGAAAGUGUUGAAAAAGUGCACCAAGACGAUAGGGCAGCUUUGAUGCUGGUUGAGUCGCUCAUCACGCUCGACUACAACACGGGUCAGUGGAGAACAUUCCGAAAGUAUCGUGAAGUUGACCAAUCGCAACAGCUUGCAGAAAGCGUUAGCAGUGACACAACGGCGGGUGGUGCUGCAAAUACUGCUACGGGCGGAGGCAGUGGGACGGCCGCAUCCGCUGGACAACAAAAUUCAGUAGUUAUUUAAUAUUUAGCAUAGGGUGCACCAAAAACAGAAGCAAACCGCAAUAAGUAAUAUGGCCGCAAUCCUGGUCGGCUUCAGUCCCGUGGCGUAUGUAGUCCUUUUUGCAGGAAGAUGCAUGCGCGAAGAUGCGCACGUAAACUGUUUGCCGUUGCUGUGCAGCUAUCUAUAUCAGUCGUGACAUAGUGAUUAGUGGUAUAACACAUUAGUACAGUGUAGGCGAUAAAGUUGCAAUAAGCGGUGAUGCGAAUGUGAACACUGUUAGGCAAAUUAUGAGGUAUGUAAUAAGUAGUAUAUAUUUGUAUAGAAACAUGAUGUAAUAAUGCCAACAUAAUAGGUUUGCAAAUUUUUGCAGAGCGAUUCUAAGAAUCAAGCACCUUGUUUGAAACUGUGACUCUGUUGGAAAAGUGAAAUAUUGCAAACAGUUCGAUGAGUUUGGAAAUGUUUAGUCGAUUAGUUUUAGCGCAAACAUCAUUUCAGCGUUGUUUCCUAUCGAAAGAUGUUUUGUAUAAAGUGAUGUGAAUAUUAGUAUUUUGAGUUGUUUUUUUUUUUAAUGAUGUAUCGAUACACAGCUUAGUGAGAUGGGUUCCAUAAAUUCUGUACAUAUGAACAAGCAUGGAAAUGAAUGCGGAAAAAGUUUAGGCAACAACAGCGCGGGGCACUUGCGGUAAUUUGCCCCUUUGCAGGGAUAGCGAACAAAACACACGGUGUUUAUUAAGCAUUUGUUAGGAGCUUUAGCGGAUCAGUCAGCUUGCGUUUGAAAGCAUACAACGUGUGUGGAAGCCGCGUUUGUGUGUGUGUGUUUUUUAAUUAACAACUGCAGUUUCAGGUAUUUUAAACUCCUUUCUCAUUCUUACCAUGUGCCGACGGCAAUGGGCAUCUCGUAGUUUAUGUUAUUUCCCACAUUCUCAAGACAAUAGCAUAUUAAUAGGGGUGUUUUGCUUUAAGUUCUAGUUGUCUUUCGAUUUUGUUUUAACGUAACGAAAGUUCUUAUGUAUAAACUAAACGCAUUUUAGUUCGCAGGGAAGAUAAGUGUUGUUACGAAUUAUUAUUUUAGCGUCUGUAUCAAAAUAAAAAAGAGAUAUCGAAAUAUAUGCGUAAACAACAA